GGCAACAUACACAUAUGCAACGAUUGGUUGAGCAGCAUUGAGCUAGCUAUAGUACCUUGCACGUACAGUUGCACCCUGCACUCUGCAGAUGGAGGAGGACGCCGGGACGAUGAGCAAGAGCAGGUGGAAGAAGGCGGUGCCGUACGCGGCGGCCAUGGCGAUCCAGGCCAUCUACACGGGCAUGUUCGUCGUCUCCAAGGCCGCCUUCGACGCCACCGGCGCCAUCAACACCUUCGUCUUCAUCUUCUACCGCCUCGCCGCGGCUGCCGCCCUCCUUCUCCUCCUUGCCCUCUUCUCUUCCUGGUCUAAGUCACGAUCUCCAUAUCCAUCUCCAUCUUCACCAGCAACAAUGUCGCCGCGGCUGCUGUGCAAGCUCUUCCUGUGCGCGCUGCUGGGGAACACCUUCACCCUGAACGUGUACAACGCGAGCCUGAAGCAAACUUCCGCAACCGUGGCGUCGGCGGCCAUAAACUCCAUGCCGGUCUUCACGUUCCUCAUCGCGGUCCUGAUGGGGACGGAGAAGGUGGGCAAGAUCCGGAGACGGUCGGCGGUCGGGAAGCUCGCGGGUGUCGCGCUCUGCGCCGCCGGAGUACUCGUCGUCGCCUUGUACUCCGGGCCAAGCGUCGUCCCACCUCUCACCAGCCACCCGGUCUUCUUCUCACGGAAGCUGCCACACCAAGUGGCAGCCUCCAGUGGCGCCGUGUGGAUCAGAGGCACCUUCCUUCUCCUCCUCGCCUGUGCAACCUGGUCUCUCUGGAUUGUCCUGCAGGUUCCAUUGCUUAAAGAAUACCCGAACAAGCUGAUGGCCACGGCCAUGCAGUGCUUGUUUGGUGCGAUGCAGUCUUUCGUCGUGGCAGUUGUAGUUGAGAGGGACUUCUCCAAAUGGAAGCUUGACUUCGACAUUGGUCUCCUUGCCAUCCUCUACUCGGCUUUCUUGGGGACAGGCGCAUUGAUGUACCUACAAGCAUGGUGCGCGGAGAUGAAAGGGCCAGUGUUCGCCGUGAUGUGGAACCCAAUGGCCUUGAUUUUCACCAUCUUCUGCUCAUCCUUCUUCCUAGGAGAAUCUGUCCACCUCGGAAGUGUCUUGGGUGGAAUUCUACUGGUUGGUGGACUUUACAGCGUGUUGUGGGGUAAAAGCAAGGAGAAGGAAAAUAAGAUGACAUCAGUGGCACCGGAAGAAAGUCAAGAAGGAGCGACAAUAGAGCACAAAGACAAAGAAGAGGAACUAACAUCACAAGUAUAAAGCUCAGCUGAUACCCAUAUAAUUAAAUACUAUACUCUAAGUAACUAAACAGAGCCACUUGUAACAUGUUUGUCAAAUAUGUAUGAGAGUAGUAAACUAUUUUUAAAACAGAGAGGUUCUAGCCUUUGUAUCGAUCCAUGCACAAAAGUCUAUAUAUUAUAGCGAAACGAGUAUUAAGUA